UUAAUUUUUCUGACACAUCAUUAAUUAAUGGGAAACAUUUUAAUGAAAAGUAUCGAAUAUGAAGUGUGUUAUUCCAUCGAUAAAUGUAAAAGUUCUAGCGAAAGCUGUACAUACGUUAGCAAAAAUUGGGGAUGAAAUGUACAUAGAACCACAGGAAAAUAAUGUAGCAUUUCGUACUGUUAACAUGGCAAAUUCAGCGUAUGCUGAUUUUGUGUUUUUUGAAAACUUUUUCGCUCAUUACGCUUACGGUGAUCUUCAGGAAAGUGAUGCAUUAAAAUGCAAAAUUUCAAUGAGGAGUGCGAUGGCUGUGUUUAAGUCUAUCAAUGUAAUAGAUAAACAGGUGGAAACGUGUCACAUUAAAUUAGAACCAAAUGCAUCUGAAAUCAUAUUUAUUUUAAAAUACAAAAACAGUAUUAUCAAAACUCAUUUGCUACCUAUAUUAGAUUGUGAAAUAUUGCAGACAGGUUACGAUAAGGAUAGUGCCUCAAAUAAACUCUCAUUCCAAGCACAAGUAUUCGGAGACGCAAUACAGAAUUUCCAUCAACAGUUAGUUGAAAUAACACUCGAAGUCGCUGCACAAAAACUUUUGCUCAGAAAUUAUGUUGAUGAUACUACGGGUCUGUCCAAUACGACACGUACACAGCUCGUACUCGCUAAAGGAGAAUUCAAUCGAUACGAUGUCAGUAGUGAAACAGCGAUUACAUUUUGUAUGAAGGAAUUCAAAUCUAUCUUAAGUUUUGCAGAAACUGUAGGCGCAUCAGUUAGUAUAUAUUUUGGAGCAGCAGGAAGACCUGCAAUAUUCGCCUUAAAACAUCCGUCAUUUGAAACAAAUUUGGUAUUGUCAACGCUAAACCCUGAUGCAGAUACUCAAACGGAAACGAUAUUAAUGAAUAAACAAGAUAAAUCUGUAAGAACGGCAACAGGAAAUAGACGGGGUUCUAGAAAAUCCAAUACUAAAUCUGCACUGAGAAUGAAAAAUAGAUCAGCUACGUUGAAUUGUGUGUCAAACCCGGCUCGUUCAAGCUUGCAUCCAUGUUUCAUGGAGGAAGAAAACCAGAAAGAACAAGAUGAUUCUAACGAGCGAAGUAAUCCUAGUACGUCGAGAAACAAUAAUCAAAACGUAAUUGAAAAAAGUUAUUUGCUGGCAAAGAAUACUCAUGAAAAAUCUCAAAGGGAUUCUAGAGCAGAAAGUGAUAAGUCUACAAGGCUACGUGAAAUAUCUGCAAAUGAGAAAAGAUUAGUCAGUUCUGUAUUUAGUAAUAUAAUAAAAAGAAAAUCGAACAAUCAUGAGCCUUAUAAUGAACAAAAUGUUAGUAAUGAUAAACGUAACGUAGUCGAGGAAGAUAAAGUUCCAAACUCGCCACCUCCACCAGCUAAAAAAGCACGUUUAAUUUUUCAAAAAUGUUUUCAAAGAACAUUUGAUCCUAGUACAUUGCCUGGAUAUGACGUUAUUUUAGCUGACGAUUCAGAUGAGGCUUGCAGCGAAUGAACAUAAUCUUCAUGUCUUACGUCUGCGUCGUAAUCAGAUAAUCUCAAAAAUUCCUAAUUAUUAUAUUGUUUUAUCAAAAUGAUUAUUUAUAUUUAUCCAUGUUCUGUAUUUAUCAAAAUGCUGAUAUUUUAUGAUCAAACAUGUAAAUAUUAAAGCGCAUAAGUGCUUGUACACUCGUUAGCCGAAGACAGUUUUUGUACAAAAAUAGACCUCGAGAAUAAAUAAAAAAGUUCUUUUUAAAUUAA